AUGGGGAACUGCUGCGGCAAGUCGAGCUCCGGCGACGACAACUUCCAGUCCCCCGGGCGCGUCCUGGGCAGCGCGCCGCCCCCGGCCCAGGCGGGCGACACGGCGCGCGUGCCGGCCAAGGCCACCAAGGUCGGCGGCCCGCCGCGCACGCUGGGCGGAGGCGACGGGAGCGCCGCCGGCGGUGGUGGUGGCGGCACUGCAGAGGACGCGCGGCGGAAGGCUGCCGAGGCCGCCGAGGCGCGAGCAAAGGGCGGGCGACCGGUCGGCAAGCUGGGCGAGCAGCUGGCGGAGCAGCGGAAGCGGACGAUGAGCGACACGCUCAAGGACGCGAGCGCCGAGGAGAGGCGGCGGCGGGAGAUGGAUGCCGCCGAGGAGGCUAGGGCGCAUAAUUAG